AUGGAAUGCGAGAAGGACUUGGUGGUUAUGCUGUCACUAAUACAUGUUACAAACGGUAACACUGACACUAAUUCCAUCUCAUACACGCAACUGACAGUUUGCGCAGCUGUGACACAGGGGUCGAUCUACGGUCUGUCUGGGAUCUUCCCAUCCACAUGCAUCAACAGCAUGUACUCCGGCCAGGCCAUCGCUGGGGUGUUCUCCUCCCUGGCCCGCAUCAUCUCCCUCCUGCUGGGAGACGAACCAAUCACCAGUGGACUCAUCUUCUUCGCCAUCGCCGACGUCUUCUUAGUCUUUUCCAUUAUAGAAUAUAUUUUUCUCACUAAAAUGACAUAUUACGCAGAGAUGAAGAGCGAUUCGGAGAAGAAGGAAGUCCUGGAGACUCAACCAGAGGUCAAAAGUAACUGGGCGUCCUACCUGGUGGUCUUCAAGAAGCUGUGGUUGAUGGGGAUGACGUAUGGAGGAACAUUAUUCGUGACGUUGAUGAUCUACCCAGCGGUGGUAGUGUACAUCACCUCAACUUCAGCAGAGUCUCCCUGGAGUGAAGUGUUCUUCCAGCCUACCAUCACCUUCCUCUUGUUCAACCUGGCAGACUGGGUGGGCAGGGAGACGCCACGCUGGGUACCCUGGCCGGGACCACAGGGUUGGAUGCUUCACGUGGUUGGAGCAGCUCGUCUCAUCUUCCUGCCGCUGCUGAUGCUGUGUCACGGGACCAACAAGACCUUCCCAACCAUCUUCAAUAACGACGCUUAUUACAUCAUUAUUCUCUUCCUCUUCGCCUUCACCAACGGUCACAUCGGCACACUCUGCCUCAUUUACUAUCCAGCGUUGGUGGAGGCUGAUGAACUGGAGGUUGGCGGAGCUAUACUGGCUGCCAUGCUGGGUGUUGGCAUGGUCGUGGGGUCCCUCCUCUCCCCUGCCCUGGUGGCUCUCUGGGGGCCCCAUUGAGUUCCAAGAGUCCAAUUAAAACCCAUUAGAACCCUGGAGAGACCAAUAAACUCAAUGAAACACAGUAACCCAAGGGCCGAUUGAACAUAUUGAAGCCAAGUGGGUAUCACUGAAACCCAACCUCUUAACUGCAGUUCCAGUGAUUCUUAGUCAACCCCACAGGAACAUACAUUUUGUGUUAGUUAUAAAAUUCGCCAGGACAAGAGCCCUGACACGGGUCUAAGUCUUUUAACGACCCAUUUUUUUUCACAUUCUCUUGGGUAAGAUUCGUCAGGAAACAGGACAAGUGUUUCCUGACGCGGGUCUGUCAUAUUACGACCCGCUACUGAAGCUUAUGAUCAUCUGACCGAGGCCUUCCACCCCUUAAACAUUAAUAUUAUGUGUUUUUUAUAUAAUAUUCGUCAGCAAAUGAACAAGUAAUAUUAGAUGUUAAGUUAGGUAAGGUUUGUCAGGAAAAAGGACAAGUGUUUCCUGACAGGUCUUAGUCAUAUUAUGACCUGCAGCUGGAACUUUUGAGACCUUACCGGUCCCCCCUUUCCUUUAAAAAUUAUGGUUAUAAAGAUAUAUUAGGUGUUUGUGUAAGUGUAUAAUGUUUGUCAGGAAACAGUUCAAGAGUUUUCUGACGCGGAUCUCAGUCAUAUGAUGGCCCACAGCUGGAGCUUUUGGUCAUCUGACCGAGACCUUCCGCUGGCUUACCGGUCCAUCCCUUUAAAAAAUUAUACUUAUGAUUAUAGCCAUUUUAUAGUUUGUAUUUAUUAUGUAAUAACGGGACAAAAAGAUUUUAACCUAUUAUUUAUAUAUAAAAUAACUUCAUAAUGUUUUUAUGUAAAUAUUUAAAAUAUAUUGUUAAACAGAUAAGUCAUUUCUUCUAUAUUAUAAUAUAUAAGUUUAGAAUAAAACUUAAAAAUACA